UAAUCUCAAAAACAAAUUUAAUUUUUUUUUAAAAACAUCUCAUUUCCCUUCCUCAACCAUACUCUAUCACCUUAUUCACGAACUCAUCAAACCAACAGCGACCAUCACUUACGCCAGCCCACUUCAGCCGCCAGGCGCCACCAACCACUCAACUUCUGCUCCAAUAACCGCCAGUCACCGCGCCAGAAACCUGAAGCCUAGACGUACGCGACGCCAGCAGAAGCCGCUGCUCAGCCACCCGCGAACCUCCCUUGCCUUACGCCCAGUCAGCCCCGUCAAUAACAUCUAUCGCAGUCACCUUCACCAUUUCUUUUUUUCUCCUCCCAUUUCAAGAUUGUAAGUGUUUGAGUAACCCACCAGAUAUUAUGUGGGUUUCUAGAAUUUCGAGUCUUGGAGCUCGGACAAUCAAGAAAUUAGCUCGAGGGCAACUGGAAUACACACCUAGGAUUCGACUUUUGCAUGCAUCUUCUAGCAGAAUAGACACCUUCUUUCAAUCUCCUCCGCAGGUGCCUAGGUAUUUUUGUACCACUCCUGCUGUUGAUCCUUCCCAGGGUGGAAAGGGUGAGGUGCAAACAAUAAAUGUUACAUUUGUUGAAACGGAUGGAACAGAGAAACAGAUUAAGGUUCCUGUAGGCACAAGCAUGUUAGAAGCUGCUCACUCGAAUGACAUUGAGUUAGAAGGAGCAUGUGAAGGAUCGUGUGCAUGCUCCACAUGUCAUGUAAUUGUAAUGGAUGUGGACUACUACAACAAACUGCCAGAGCCAUCCGACGAGGAAAAUGACAUGUUGGAUCUUGCUUUUGGGCUUACAGAAACGUCUCGUCUGGGUUGCCAAAUUGAAGCAAAGCCUGAAUUAGACGGAAUUCGACUGGCUUUGCCAGUGGCCACCAGAAAUUUUGCAGUUGAUGGAUACAAACCAAAACCUCAUUAGAUUCGUUCAUGACCUAUACCCAGGUGAAAAAUCAGUUUUUAAUUCGACCUAUUACCUUUCUGUUGAAUAGAGAUAGCUCAGGCAUUGUAUUGUAUGCCUGAUUUACUUUUUCUUGCUUAAAAACCCACCAAUUGAAAUCCUUAACAGUGAAUGUCCUGUUGCUUUUUGUAAAUUGAGGUUUUAUAGCAUAUAGCUAUUGAGCUAUAUCAGACUACUACUUCUAUUGAAUAAUUUCUGUUGGUCGAAGUACCCGGGGACGGGAUCGAUUUUUUGAGAUGUAUAAACCUGAGAUAAUCAAGAGGCAGUUUUUUGGUCUAAGGAUGUAAUGAUAUACCCUUGUACAUUUUCACUA